AUGCGAGCAGCAGCCAUCUCCAUGCCAAGGUUAGAUAAAAUGCCAGGAAUGUUCUUCUCUGCUAACCCACAGGAGUUGAAAGGAACUGCUCAUUCACUUCUAGAGGACAAAACGCAGAAAAGGAGGCCAAGGACUUUUGGAGUGGACAUGAAAGCAUACCUGAGAUCUAUGAUCCCACAUCUGGAAUCUGGAAUGAAAUCUUCCAAGUCCAAGGACACACUUUCUGCUGAUGAAGUAAUGCAGUGGUCUCAAUCUCUGGAAAAACUUCUUGCCAACCAAACGGGUCAAGAUGUCUUUGGAAAUUUCUUAAAGUCUGAGUUCAGUGAGGAGAAUAUUGAAUUCUGGCUGGCUUGUGAAGACUACAAGAAAACAGAGGCUGAGUUUUUGCACUGCAAAGCAGAGAAGAUAUAUAAAGCAUAUGUACAUUCAGAUGCUGCUAAACAAAUCAAUAUUGACUUUCGCACUCGGGAAUCUACAGCCAAGAAGAUCAAAGCACCAACCCCCACGUGUUUUGAUGAAGCCCAAAAAAUCAUAUAUACUCUUAUGGAAAAGGACUCUUAUCCGAGGUUCCUCAAGUCAGAUAUUUACUUAAAUCUUCUAAACGAACUUCAGGCUAAUGGCCUAAAGUGACUGGUUCCUGGCUGAAGAGAAGUAAUAGAUGUGGUAUGAAGAACAGAAGGAAGGUGCCAGGAUGGCUCCCCCGGGGGACAACUUGGCCUUUUUGGGUGACGCGACAGGCCCAGGGAAAGAAGAAAUGACUCAGAAUGGACUAAUGUGGAAGUCAUCCAGGCUCAGGGUC